CAGCGGUACAAAAAUUGGCAAAACGUGAAUUAACAAAGGAAAGCACAAUACAUAUAAUUAUUUUCAAACAACGUUUGUUGCCUUGCAUUGUUAACACUGUUGUCUCGGAGUGCUAGACAUUGCGAACAUGGGCAGCGCGCUGGAGAACUACGUAAAUCAAGUUCGCACCUUGAGUGCCUCCGUUAGCUAUAGAGAGCUGGCGGACGAAUUGCCCGAAUCGUUGUCGCUACUCGUGCGCAACUGGAGCAUACUGGACAAUGUGUUGGAGACGCUGGAUAUGCAACAGCACUCUCUGGGCGUCCUUUACGUGCUGUUGGCGAAGCUUCACAGCACGACGGCAGCGAAUCCAGAACCAACACAAAUAAUCACGCUAAUGCGAGACUUUGUAAACCGAGGCAAUGUGGAGCAAUUGCGCUUCGCUAUAUGCGCCUUUUACGAAGUGUGUCAUCUGUUUACAGAGUUUGUAGUGCAAAAAAACUUGAGUAUCUUAGGCAUUAAAAUACUAUCGCGGGCUAUUGAGCGUAUCAGAGAAAUGGCAACACAGCUAACGCCCAUACACGCCGAUCUCUGCCAGCUAAGUCUGAAGGCGAAAAACUUCAAUUUGGCACUGCCUUAUCUGGACACGGACAUUACCGACAUAUCCACAGUGGCAGCCGAACUGAAAAAUCAGCAACAACAGCAGCAACAGCACAAUGUGGAUGCGAACAACGAUGCCAAGUACUUUUUGUUGUACUACUAUUAUGGUGGAAUGAUCUACACUGCCGUUAAAAAUUAUGAGCGUGCUCUCUAUUUCUUUGAGGUUUGCAUAACCACGCCCGCCAUGGCCAUGUCACACAUUAUGUUGGAGGCUUACAAAAAAUUCCUCAUGGUUUCACUCAUUGUGGAGGGCAAGAUAGCGUAUAUACCAAAAAAUACACAAGUCAUUGGACGUUUCAUGAAGCCACUAGCGAAUCACUAUCACGACUUGGUAACAGUAUACGGCACUGCGUCCAGUGAGGAACUGCGCAUCAUAAUUUUGAAAUAUAGUGAGGUAUUCACGCGUGAUAAUAACAUGGGCCUGGCCAAGCAGGUCGCCACUUCUUUAUACAAAAAGAAUAUACAGCGGCUGACAAAAACAUUUCUAACGCUAUCGCUCAGCGAUGUGGCCAGUCGUGUACAACUGUCCAGUGCCACUGAGGCGGAACGUUACAUUUUGAAAAUGAUCAAAUCGGGUGAAAUCUAUGCAACCAUUAAUCAAAAAGACGGCAUGGUGCUAUUCAAAGACGAUCCAGAGAAAUACAAUUCGCCAGAUAUGUUCCUUAAUCUACAAACGAACAUAACGCAUGUGCUGGACUUAGUUAAACAAAUUAAUAAAAUGGAGGAGGAGAUUAUGUUGAAUCCUUUGUAUGUGAAAAAGGCGCUUGGCAGUCAGGACGAUGACUUGACGUCGGAGCAGGGCAAGACUAAUGCGACCUACCAGCAAACCAAUAGCCAGAUCUUUAAAUUCAAGGAUUCUACGGAUUGAUGAUAUCGUCACACGAUGCUCACAACAAUCAGUAAAUCCACCAGCAAUCACAACAAAACCAACAACAACAUCAGCAGCUACAACAACAACCAUAAGGCGACUGCAAAAUUUCUACCAAACGCUGCUGCCCAUUUGUUGCGUUGUUUUGGCCGCAGUCUAAUGUGUUGUACACUCAAACUCAAGUGUUAUACCCAACAGCCAUUACAACAAAAACAACAGCCGGAACCACAACAAUCACACGUACGCAACAACAAAAGAAACACCAACAAAAACACUACACUUAAGACACUGAGUAACAAGUAUUUUUGGCAGAAACUUUGUAAGUAAGCGCCGAGCGCCAAUCGCUGCUGUUAUAAUCUUUGUUUUUCAUGUCAACGCGCAAGGCCCUGGGCACUAUCUAAAUGAUAUUUUCCCGAACUCCAAUUCAACAACCACUCACUCAAACAUACGCAUACAAAACAAUACACCGUGCGCUAAUUGCAAAUUGAAUAGAAAAAGAAAAACAUGCUAUUUUAAAUAAACUAUGUAUAAAUAAUAUA